AUGGCGACGCCCGUGGCCACCGACCGAGUCCCAGACGACGACGAGAACGACGACGCGAACGACGAAGACAACGUCGUUGACGACAACGAAAUCGAUGCCAACGAUACCGGCGACGAUGGUGGUGGACUGCACGUUCUUGUCUCGGCAACUACCCCACCGGUGCUCUUCUGCAAGUACCCAAGCUACCUCGCCUUGGAGCGCACUUGUCCUAUCGGCUACGAAGUACGCACGUUGCCACGAGGAACUCCGAUGCUGUACCACGGUACACGGCGCUACUUGUACAACGCCGUCAAGAACGUCCUCCACACAAAUCGUGCCAAGAAGACGACGCUGUCGACCUGGAGUCUUUUUUGGGGGCGUCACUUGGAGCCGAGUGCGGUCGGCCGCCUCGUGCCGGGUCAAAAGAUGAAUCAUUUUCCCGGCAGCCUCGAGCUCGGGCGCAAGGACAAGCUCUGCGCCAACAUCUUGCGCAUGCAGCGCAAGUUUGGCAAGUUCUUCCACAUCAUUCCCGAGACGCACGUCACUGGCAGCAAGGACGGCCGGCACUUUAUGCAAGCGUACGCCGCCGACCCCAAGGCGAUCUGGAUCCUCAAGCCGCCCAACCAGUGCUGCGGCCGCGGCAUCAAGCUCGUCUCGGGCAGCGCCAAGUACGAGUUCGAGCCCGACAAGCGCUACGUCGCGCAGAAAUACAUUGCGCACCCGUACUUGAUCAACGGCUUCAAAUUCGACAUGCGUCUCUACGUUUUGGUCACGUCCUACGACCCACUGCGGGUCUACCUCUUUGACAACGGUCUCGUGCGCUUUUGCACGCAGAAAUACUCGAUGGCGGCCAAGGACCUCAAAAAUCGGUUUGGGCACUUGACCAACUACAGCGUCAACAAGAAGAAUGAGGCUUUCCAGUCCAACCAAGGCAGCAACGACGGCAGCGGAAGCAAGUGGAGCUUCCAGGCGUUGUUGGCACAUUUGCGGGACGAGGGCCACAACUGCGAGAAGCUCCACGACGACAUUGCGGCCGUGAUCGUCAAGACCCUUCUCUGCGUCGAGUCGGCCAUUCUCGCGCAGUGUUCCAAGUCCCUCAAGACGGCGCAAAACUGCUUUGAGCUGUACGGGUUUGACAUUCUCUUGGACGCCAACCUCCGGCCGUGGCUCCUCGAAGUCAACGUCUUCCCAUCCAUGAGCAGCUCGUCGCCGAUGGACAAGCGCAUCAAGUCGAUUCUCAUCUGCGACACCUUUCAGCUCGUCGGACUGCCGGCCACGGACGUUGCAGCAGCCGUCGAGCAGGCCAAGAAAGAGCGCAGCACCCGACGAAAGUCGAGCAUCAGUACCAAGCCAGAGGAUGACGACGCUGCGUGGAUCCAGCAACUCGUCGACGAGGAGGCGCGCAUGGGCCACUUUCGACGCAUCUUUCCGACGCCCGCGACCGCGAGCUUUCUCGACUUCUUUGAAACCAAGCGUGCGAGCAAUGCAGUGCUCGCCGAGCACGUGGGCUUGUCCAAGCCAACGCGACCAUCUGUGCGCAAGACAGGUUCCUUUAGCAACAAGCUGCAGCACGCAAAGGUGCUCAACGCUGCGUACAGCUCGUAG